AUGCCUAGUCUUAGCUUCCUUCUUUUAUCAGCCACUACAUUAUUGGCAUUAUCUCCAGAUUUUGUUAAAGAUUUGACCGCCUUGUCGACUUCUCUCCAUCUGCCCAUAGGGUCUCCGUGUGAUUUCUCCUCUCAAUGUGUAUCUGAUGCACAUUGUUCGGACCUCAAAUGUCGGGCAUCCAAGUGCAAUAUUAAUGCAGAUUGCCGAUUGGGAGAGAUCUGUAGAGACGGGAAAAUCCAUGGGAGAAUGCAAAAGGGAUGCUUUGGGAUCUCGGAUCGGGAUGGGGAAAAGAGUAAGCCUGUCUCAUGUUCUAUUUUAGGCGUGGUGUAGUAACUGAUGCGUUUAUUUCUAGCCGAUUACUGUCCCGGCGGCGGAAGUCCCACCAGAAAUUCUGGGGGAUACAUUGAGUUGUGCGAUGAGAACAUCCCUUGUAUGGGAAGGGCUAUUUGUAAUCCAGCAUUUGGCAUUUGUUGCAACAGUAAGUUUAGUCUCCUCUCUUAUUUUUAUUUCAUUUCCUGCGUUUUAAUUUUUCUGAUUUAGAGCUGCGUAUCUGUCCCUCGCCCCGCCAGCCGAUUGUUGAGCCGAUUACAAAUCGACCAGUCGCUUGCCAACGCCGCCAAGCCCCUCCCACAACUUGUCCGGAGACCACGGAAUGUGAGAAAACAACUGGAUUUUGUUGUGAAUUGCUUGAAACAGAGAAACCAACGACCGAGAAUGAAGUUACAGUACCCGUCGUUGAUCAGAGUGUAGAAGUGAAAAGGGCCAAAGCAUUGCCUCGGGCCAAUAAACCAACGCCUGGCGAGGAAUGCGAAGAAGGACAGGAGUGUGCGGGAGGUGCUUUGUGUGAAUGUGAGGAUGGAGAAUGUAGAUGUGAAUGUGUAAGAUCAAUGGGAUUUACAUUGGAUAAGGGUUCAAUGACAUGCAAAAGAACUCGAAGAAGAUUAAAAGUAAUUACUUUUAAUGUGUUUUAUUUAUACUUGGAUUACUCUAGGAACAUUGCAAAUUCGACAUGGAUUGUCAAUCAGCUUUCAGCGAGUGCACUUCCGGUGGAUGCAGAUGCAAAAAUGGUUUCCAACGAGAUGGCCAAGGCGGCUGUAAACCGACUUGUAAGUAACUGACAGUAAUUGUAACAAUUUUUAGCUUAUAAAUGCGUAAAUCACGCGGAACCAUUAAAGAUCGAUGAUAACAUUGUGAGCUGCGAGGCUUACAAAGAGCCCUUGAGCCGGGAGAUUGAGUCGAUGGUGUUCAUGGACGCUGUGGACGAGAGCCAAAAGGGGAAGAACUGCCCCAAUCAGUAUUACUGCGUGCCAAUAUUCGAUAUCCCAAAGCAAGCGGAUCUGUUUCAAGUGGGUCACCACAAUGUCCGAUCAAUUUUAUUUUUCCUUAGGGGUUCUGCUGUCCAUUACCAUCUCCAGAACGUCCUGUUUGUCCCGUUGGCCACUCCCAUCCAUCAAGUCAGCCUCCGAAUUAUGGUUGCAAAGACUGCCCGUGGGAUCACUACUGUCAUGUAGAUAAUGUGGCAACCAAGAAGAGGGCAGGUCGCUUUUCUGUUGAUUAACUUUUCUAAUAUUUAUUUAACAACAUAGCCUUUGUUUCAGAUAUGCUGCCCCAAGCCUUGCUUAUCCCCCGAGGAUGUUUAUAUCGACGGCCAAUGUUAUCCCAUCGCCUAUUACGGCGACACUUGCUUCGUGAGUUCGGUCUAACGAGCUUUUCUGACUGGAAAAUACUUUAGCUCCCCGAACAAUGUGUUGGGAAGUCCCCUCCAUUGAGUUCCAGCUCUUUGAAUCGCGCAGAAUUCGAGAGUGCCGAUAUGGAAUGCACCAAGAAUAUCUGCAAAUGCCCGAAUGGAUUCAUUUAUGUCGACGGACAAUGUAGAAGUAGGCCAGCUUUUAUUUCAUAAAAAUGAUAAAACAACCAACAUACGUUGAUGAAUAUUUUUAUAGGACUCCAGUGCACAAUUGGGAAUAAAGGAGAGCCCAUUUUGGACAGCGACGGGAAGAUCCUGAAGUGUCUCAGAUCCGCCGAUUGCUCUCAGGGAUCUCUGUGUGAUCCCAGUCUCAAAGUUUGUUGUAAAGGAGUUAAUAGUAAGUUGGCCAUUGGAUAGAAACGAUGUCUAGAAUGCCCCAAGGGAUACGUGGAGACCGGUCAGCGUUGCGAAGUCGAUGGAUUCUGCGAUCGGCCGGAGGAAGUUUGUGUUCGAAUCAGAAAGGGAAAACGAAAGAUCUGCUGCAGGCCUGAAUGA